AUGGAAGAGUUUACAGAUCUGGUUGCACUGGACGAUUUUAGCGCAGGAGCCAUGGAAAAUUGGGGUAUGAUGACGUUUCGUGAUUCUCUACUGCUUUAUACCGAUGGUGUGACCUCUGCAAGUAGUAAGGAGUAUAUUGCCCUCGUCAUCUGCCACGAAGUUUCUCAUCAGUGGUUUGGUAAUCUGGUGACGAUGGACUGGUGGGAUGAUUUGUGGCUAAACGAAGGUUUCGCCAGCUACAUGGAAUUUCGGUGUGUGGAUCGACUGUUCCCUGAGUGGAAUAUCAUGACAAAAUUCUAUGCCGAAAACGUGGUGUCAAGUCAGCAACUAGAUGGACUACGCAGUUCACGUGCCAUCUCCAGUCCUAACUCCGAGGAAACAAACAUUCAUGAACUGUUUGAUGUUCUCAGUUAUGAAAAGGGAUCUGCGAUUAUCCGAUUGGUCGAAUCUUUGGCGGGUGAAACGAUGUUCAAACGAUCACUUAUCGAAUACCUCAACAAAUACGCGUACGCUAACGCGAAGGGCUCACAUCUGUGGGAAAUCGUCCAAAAGUACACCGAACUUCCCCGUGGAAUCUCCAUUCAAGAUGUGGCAAAUGCGUAUAUCAAGAAGGUCGGAUGUCCUGAGAUUUUUGUCACGUUAUCUGACACGGAGGUCACUGUACACAAUCAGACUCGCUUUUUCUUCGAUGAUGGGUUACGAGCCAAUACCAGAUGGCCAAUUCCCAUACGCUACCGGACAGACGAUGGAACCGAGUCGCAAUUACAAUGGAUGAAGGUCCACGAGAACAAAGUAAGUUGGCGUUUGAAGAAGAGUGCUAAAUGGGUGGUGGCGAACACGAACGGUUUGAGUUACGUGAAAGUCCGCUAUGACGCGAAAAACUAUGCAGAACUUGCAAAACAACUGCGCACCGAUCAUACGGUAGAAGAGAUGGAUCACUUAGUGUGGAUGAUGAUCGACGAACAAAUGAGGUACAUUGAAAGGCUCGUCGAGGAAACUCCAGUUGCGGAGAGCUUCAAGGCGACGGUGAUUGGAAUUGCUUGCCGCCUAGGAAUUCGAGAUUGUACUAAGAAGGCUCAAGUUCAAUUUGAUGAGUGGAGUACCAGCGGGAGGAGACCGUCACCUGAACUCUUCCGUGUGGUUUUGAGGGAGGGUAUUUGUCAAAGAGAUCAAGACGCAUGGGACAGCGUUUACAAGGCGUAUAAGAACGCAAAAAGUCCAACGGAAAAGAGGGAUCUACUGGUAGCUAUGGCAUCUACAACGCAAACAACACUCAUUUAUCGGUUUGGCGAUGAGUCGCUUCUACUUAGAAGCAUAAAAGUAAUGGCAGAUGAUCUGAGCACUGAAGAAGAGCUUGAUGAUCUGAGAGAUUGGCUCAAAGACAAAAAGGCGGGUUUUGUUACUACCAUUAUUGGUACUACUGUUAUUAUCUUGGAGCAUAACAAGGCUACACUGAGUCGGUUGUUCGACCAGAUCGAACUGAAUAUUCAGUGGAGACGCCUGAACGAAGGGCCGCUACAGCAGUGGCUUAAAGACUGGAGUAAACAGUCCGGAGGGAGUGGCCAUUGA